AAUUGCUUUGUAGCUGGUGGGAGCGUGAUCCUCAAAUCCGAACUGGGGGGUUGAAGACGAAAAAGGUGGUGCAUUUACUUAGAACGGACUUUCCGGCUAUGGCUCGAAAAAACGUGACGCAAACGGCGGAGGGCGAAUCUUCAGACAAAUGGACCUCCAUUCUCUCCAAGCUGAACCCUAUUCCGCGCUUUCCUGAGUUCACUGGCCAGUAUAGAGUCGGCACCGUCGAUAUCGAGAUUCCCGUUAGUGAGCUAGAGUCUCCUGCACCGGCGCCGGAUAAUGCGGCCGAGAUCGAGACGAUUCAGUUCCGCAUAUUUUACCCAUGUGAUUCAAAUGCUACAGGGAAGCGAAUUACUUGGCUGCCAGCUCCGCAGCGUGACUAUCUUUCUGCAUAUAUCAAAUUCUUAGGUGUAGGGGCUUUCCUUGCUGAGGCUGCUUCGUUUAUCCCAAGGCAUCUUCAUUAUACGACUAUUCCCGUUGUCGAAAAUGCGCCAAUUCUCAAGCCACAGACCCCGAACAACCGGUGGCCGACGGUAAUAUUUUCACAUGGCUUGGGCGGAAGUCGAAACGCAUACUCACAGAUCGCCGGGUCGCUCGCUUCUCAUGGAGUUGUAGUUUUCUGCCCUGAACACCGAGACGGCAGCGCCAUAGCUUCGGUUAUACGGCUGCCAUACCAUCAGAGUCGGUUUUUUGCACGUGGUUCAAAGCGCAUGGUUCCUUACACCAAGAUUUCGCACGACCCGACAGACGAGGUACACGAGCUAAGGAAUACGCAGUUACAGAUUCGGCUCUGGGAGCUCGGGCUUUUAUAUGAAGCCAUCCUUAACAUAGAUGAAGGGAGGAAGGUAACGAACUUGAACAAGAACAUGCCAAUGCUUGACCACUUUUCAAAUCAACUACAUGUUCACGACCCUGGCGCCUUGGUAUUUGCAGGACACAGCUUCGGAGCCGCGACUAUUGUCCAGUUCCUCAAGUCAGUCUUCUAUGCAGGGCGGCCAGAACUCGAGGCGAUGAAGACGCCGCUUUACACACCAAAUUGGGAAUCGUCUAUCUGCAGGCAGGUUACUCAACAAAACGUCACAAUUCUGCUAGACAUGUGGUGCUUCCCGCUUACCGCAAAGAACACGGAACCACUUUUUAAUCUCCCAUUACCUGUCUACGCGCCCUCUGACUCUCCUUCCUCUCCUUUACAGCCACCCGGUGGAAACGCUGUACUAGCUAUUGAGUCUGAAGACUUCUUCAAAUGGCGCGAACACUUGCAUGUAACAGCACGUGUCCUCUCGUCAGACCCCUCGUCACAUGUCGUUGCGCCGCCCACGGACACCACGACUCCGCACUUCUUCUACGUGAACCGCUCUGCCCACUUAGACCAGUCUGACUUUGCUCUCCUAUUCCCCUGGCUCACGCGUAAGGUCCUCGGGUCCUCGGCCCCCGGACGCACCUUACGGCUUAAUCUUCGGGCUCUUUUGCAGGUGCUGCGCGUCAACAAUAUCCCAGUUGCUGGGACUCAGAGCGUUGAUCUGGUAGAUAACAAAGGCAGAGAUACCAAAUCGAGCACGCCUAAUGGCGAGACGGUCUCACUCCGAAAGGGUGAAGUAUGCACAGAUGACACGGCGAUUCUUGAUCACGAGGGAAACGCUAUACGGGAUGAUGAUACGGCGACGACAGACGAAGCUGUACAGGCCUGGAAGUGGAUUAAUAUUGUUGGCAUGGGCGAGGAUGCGGCUAGCGAGGAGAAGAGGAAGAAGAAGGGAGAAGGGAAAGGAGCAGAGGGUGCGGUUGAAGGCGUUGAGGAUACGGAGGCGCAAAUGGCUGGUGUUAUUGAACCGAGCGACUCCCCAGCUGUCGAGCGCAAGUUUGACUUCGAGACCGCAAGUGUCUUCGCUGCUGCCCCAGAGCAAAAGUUGCGCGGGAAUCCUCCAGAUGACUCUUAACCUUGGAUAUUUGUUUCUCAUUGGGUAUGGAUAAUUUUCUUAAAAUCUGGCUAGAUUGAAUGUAUGGCGCCCGGCGUUGAGAGCGGCAUAGAUGGAAGGGAUGUUCAGCAAAUGAACCAGAUUUCUCUGUUGGAUUAGAAUACUAACGUUAUUAGAUUCGUGCGUAGAAUUCAAAGGUGUGAGUCAUUAGAAUGAAUUGUUCCGGAGUUGUCCUUCGAUUUUCUUAUAGCUUAUGGCAUUAUGAGCAUAGGCGGAAAUUUCCUUCGCAGUACCCAACUAGAGGCUCUCAUGUGUGGUUCAGAAAAGCUCGCAAAAGACUCGAGGAGAAAGCAAGACUAGCUUAGCUUAUUUGAUGUUGGUGAUAGUGAUUGUAACAUCAAAGUCAGAAGGGCUGAGUAAGCACGUGUAAGAUUUGUCUAGAUAAAACCAAUUCAGUGAAAUGCGGUAUUGCCUAGCCUGAC